AUGGCUGUUGCACGACAAUAUCAUACAGCAUCCAUAUUAGGAAACGGAAAGGUAUUAGUUACUGGUGGAUCUAAUGGCAGUAAUAGUCUUAAUAGUGCUGAAUUAUAUGACCCAACAACAGGUAUUUGGACAACUACAGGAUACAUGAAUGUUGCACGACAAUACCAUACAGCAUCUAUAUUAGGAAAUGGAAUAAUAUUAGUUACUGGUGGAAAUAAUGGUAGUAUUUAUCUCUACAGUGCUGAAUUAUAUGAUCCAACAACAGGUAUUUGGACAACUACAGGAAACAUGAAUUAUGCACGAAUCUUUCAUACAGCAUUCUUAUUAGAAAAUGGAAAUGUAUUAGUUACUGGUGGAUUUGGUCGUAUUUAUCUCAGUAGUGCUGAAUUAUAUGAUCCAACAACAGGUAAUUGGACAAGUACAGGAAACAUGAAUUUUGCACGAGAAUAUCAUACAGCAGCCAUAUUAAGAAAUGGAAUAGUAUUAGUUACUGGUGGAUAUUAUAAAAGUGCUCUCAAUAGUGCUGAAUUAUAUAAUUCAACAACAGGUAUUUGGACAAUUACAGGAAAGAUGACUUUUGCGCGACAAUUUCAUACAGCAUCCAUAUUAGAAAAUGGAAAUGUAUUAGUUACUGGCGGUUCUGGUAGUUCUUAUCUCAGUAGUGCUGAAUUAUAUGAUCCAAUAACAAGUAGUUGGACAAUUACAGGAAACAUGAAUGUUGCACGAGAAAAUCACACAGCAUCCAUAUUAGGAAAUGGGACAGUGUUAGUUACUGGUGGAUCUGGUAGUUCUUAUCUCAGUAGUGCUGAAUUAUAUGAUCCAAC